GUAAACAACCAAAGAUCUUACAUUAAACUUCAAUGUGUUUUCAUCUCAUGAUGAACUAAACGCACUUUGCCUUCUGUGAAAGUUUUCUUUAUCCUCCAUUGUUCUUUAUGGCUUUAUGCAAGAUUUUUCCUUUCUUCUUCAUUCUUUGCUGUUCUUUUCAUUUGAUAUCCAGCCAACCUUUUGAUUACCCAACUGCAGAUCUUUCUACAACUUGGGUCAACAGUGUUUCUGCAAACCAUUCAGUGGAGUUCACUGAUAACUCAACAGUAAGGGCCAUAGUACUCAGAGGAACUUUUGGUCCAAAAUAUGCUUGUGGUUUCUACUGUAAUGGCAAUUGUGAGAGUUACCUCUUGGCCAUCUUCAUUGUCCAAACCAACAGUAUUUCCCAAAUUACUCAACCCGCGAUUGGGUUCCCACAAGUUGUUUGGUCUGCUAACAGGAACAAUCCAGUUAAGAUCAAUUCUACUUUGCAGUUUACAGCAGAUGGAGAUUUGAUGCUUAGAGAUGCUGACGGUACUUUGGCUUGGUCAACAAACACUGCUGGGAAAUCUGUUGCUGGCUUAAACUUGACAGAUGAGGGGAAUCUUGUUCUGUUUGAUUCCAAGAAUGCAACUGUUUGGCAAUCUUUUGAUCACCCAACUGAUUCUUUGGUUCCGGGGCAGAAGUUAGUAUCAGGGAUGAAGCUGACAGCCAGUGUGUCAACAACAAACUGGACUGAGGGAGGUUUGUUCUCUUUAUCUGCUACAGUUGAUGGUUUGGUAGCUUUUGUUGAGUCCCAAACAUACUUUGAAAGAUCUACUGAUGGGUUGAAUGCUAGUGGAGGCUCCAAUUAUGUUAUGUAUUUGAAUGGAAGCUUAGCAUUAUUCUCAAAUUCUAGUGAUUCCAAUGAGACACUGGUUACUAUACCUCCAGCAUUCUCUGCUCAAUAUAUGAAACUGGAGUCUGAUGGACACUUGAAAGUGUACGAGUGGCAAAGUCCAUGGAACGAGGUGGAUGAUAUCCUGACAGGUUUUAACGGCGAGUGUUAUUAUCCCAUGGUCUGUGGAAGAUAUGGCAUUUGCUCAAGGGGGCAGUGUAGUUGUCCCAAAUCAAGCUCUAAUUCAACUACCUAUUUCAGACAGAUAGAUGAUAGUCAGGGUAAUCUAGGUUGCUCUGAGGUCACAAGGCUGACUUGUAAUGCUUCAAAUAAACACAGAUUUUUGGAACUUCAAAAUGUGGACUAUUUCACAUUUACUAGAGAUAUUGGAAACACCGAUAUGAAUACCUGUAAAGAUGCAUGUUUGAGGAACUGUUCCUGUAAAGCUGCUUUAUUUCGUAGUGCUUUAAACUCUUCCACGGGGGACUGCUACCUACCAUCCGAGAUCUUUUCACUAGCGAAUAAUGACAAGGACAGGACAAGGUAUGAUUCCCAUGCUUUUAUAAAAGUACAGGUUGAACCUGAAAGAGCUGCUGAUGCACCUGAUGCAUCGAAGGUGAAAUUUUCCAUUAAUGCCGCUAUAUUGGGCUCUGUGAUAGGACUUGCCGUCUUAGGCAUCAUAAUUGGAAUUGCAGUUUUCCUAUUCUGGAAGAAGAGGAAGAUCAAUGAAGACGAGGAGAAUUAUCUAGAUCAUGUGCCAGGAAUGCCCACUAGAUUUUCUUACGAUGAUCUAAAGGCUGCAACAGAGAACUUCACCAAGAAGCUUGGUCAAGGAGGAUUUGGGUCAGUUUAUGAAGGGUGCUUAGCGGAUGGCACAAUGAUUGCAGUGAAAUGCCUUGAUGGGAUAGGGCAAGUUAAAAAAUCAUUCUUAGCUGAGGUUGAAACCAUUGGCAGCAUACAUCAUGUAAACUUGGUGCAAUUAAUUGGCUUCUGCGCGGAGAAAUCUCACAGGCUUCUAGUAUACGAGUUCAUGAGCAAUGGAUCACUAGAGAAAUGGAUCUACCAUGGGAAACAAGAGCAAACUCUUGAUUGGAAUUGCAGGAGGAAGAUUAUUCAAGAUAUAGCCAAAGGAUUAGCCUAUCUUCAUGAAGAAUGCAGGCAAAAGAUUCUACAUUUGGAUAUUAAGCCCCCAAACAUACUAUUGGAUGAGAAGCACAACGCUAAACUUGCCGACUUUGGGCUUUCAAAGCUAAUUGAUCGGGAUCAGAGCCAAAUUGUGACUACGAUGAGAGGCACUCCUGGUUAUUUGGCUCCUGAAUGGCUUAGUGGAGCUAUAACAGAAAAGGUAGAUGUCUACAGCUUUGGCAUCGUGGUCUUGGAAAUUUUGAGUGGAAGAAGACAUUUUGAGGCAUCUGAGUCUGAAGACCAACAGGUAAUGUUGCACUUAUUGAGGAAAAAGGCAGAGGAAGGGCAGUUGGUGGAUCUUAUUGAUAAGCACAGCAAAGAUAUGCAGUUUUACAAAGAAGAAGUAAUAAAGACGAUGCAGAUUGCUGCCUGGUGUUUACAAAGUGAUUACACAAAGAGGCCAUCAAUGUCAACAGUGGUCAAGGCCAUGGAGGGUGUUUUGGAUGUUGAAAAGGAUCUAGACUACAGCUUUAGGCCACAACCUGUGAACGGUAUACCAAAUAUCACUUUUGCAGAUUCAACUCCUUUACUGCCUUCGGUCCUAUCAGGCCCAAGGUGAGGACAAAGUUCCAUGUAAAUUUUGUUAAUUUCUAGUUUUUAUGUAAUUGCAGCUUGCUUGCUGCUGUGUAAAUUUCUUCUCCAAUGUUCACGAAGUUAGUUUUGUUCAAUUUAUUCAUGAAAAAAUUGUCCUUUGAGAACUAAUCAA